GGUUCUGGUUUUGCUUCCACUUGAAAGGUGGCCAGUGUACAACUGCAGCCACAAUGACAAGACUGACUCUACUCACAGGCCUUUGCCUGUUAUUGAUUCAUCUUGGUUCAGCUUAUCAGCUUAUAUGUUACUUCACCAACUGGGCCCAGUACAGACCUGAUCCUGUGAAGUAUGUGCCUACCAAAGUUGAUCCAUUCCUGUGCACACAUCUGAUCUACGCAUUUGCUAGAAUUAACUCUGAAAAUCAGCUGGCCACCUACGAGUGGAACGAUGAGACUCUCUACCAGUCAUUCAAUAGUCUGAAGCAAAGUAAUCCAAGCUUGAAGACACUUUUGGCUGUUGGAGGAUGGAAUUUUGGUUCAACUCAAUUCUCUACCAUGGUGUCCACACAAGCAAACAGAAAUACAUUCAUCCAGUCCUCCAUCAGCUUUCUCAGAAAUUAUGGAUUUGAUGGCCUGGAUCUAGACUGGGAGUAUCCUGGAGCCCGCGGCAGUCCUCCAGAGGACAAGCAAAGAUUCACUCUGCUCUGCAAGGAGCUUCGACAGGCCUAUGAGGCUGAAAGCAAUGCGACAGGACGACCCCGGCUUAUGGUCACAGCUGCAGUGGCUGCUGGGAAAUCAACUAUAGAUGCUGGAUAUGAAAUUGCUGAGAUUGCCAAGUACCUGGACUUCAUUAGCGUGAUGACCUAUGACUUUCAUGGGACUUGGGAAAGUUUCACUGGCCACAACAGUCCUCUGUAUCAAUGGUCUCAGGAAACAGGGGAUCAAAUCUACCUUAAUACUAAUUAUUCGAUGACAUACUGGAAGAAUCAGGGUGCUCCUGUGGAGAAACUGAGGAUGGGUUUUGCUACAUACGGCAGAACGUUCCAACUUUCGUCAACAGCGAGUGGUCUGGGAGCUCCAACAAGUGGCCCUGCUUCUGCUGGCACCUACACCAGAGAGGCAGGCUUUUGGUCUUAUUAUGAGAUCUGCAGCUUCCUUCAAGGAACCAGCAUACGAUGGAUCCAGGAUCAAAAAGUACCCUAUGCCACGAAGGGGGGUCAGUGGGUUGGCUUUGACACCAAGGAGAGCUUUAACACAAAGGUGACCUACCUCAAAGAUAAUAAUUUUGGAGGGGGCUUUGUGUGGGCUCUUGAUUUGGAUGAUUUUACUGGACAGUUCUGUGGACUGGGAAAAUACCCUCUCAUCAGCGAGCUCAAGAAACUCCUAAACAAUGCUGCUCCUGUUGAAGGUCCUCCUGCUGAAACCACUCCUACUGAAGGUCCUCCUCAAGAAACUCCUACUGCUGAAACUAAUCCUGCUGAACCUAAUCCUACUGAAACGAAUCCUGCUGAAGUUCCUACUGCUGCAGUUCCACAUCAGUAUUGUGCAGACAAGAAAAAUGGUAUCCGUCCAAAUCCUUUUGAUGUAAAAUCUUUCAUCCAUUGUGAUAAUGGGAGAACAUUUGUACAACCCUGCCCUGCUGGCACCAUCUUUGACAACAGCUGCCAGUGUUGCAACUGGCCAUUUAUUGCAAUUUAAGACUUGUUUCUACAUGGCUACACACCUGGUUUGAUAUUUAUGCAAGCACUUUAUUUCUUUAUCUGUAAAAAAAAAAUAAUAAUUCCAUAAAGUUUCCAUUUUAAAUCUUUUAUAAUAGGAUUUAAUUAGGACUAGUAUUUUCUAUUUUUAUAUACUAUUGGCUUGAAACAAAUAUGCCAUAUAAACAUUCACACAAGUUACGAUGCUCUUUGUUGUCAAGUGAUUUAUUCCAGAAUUUGCAAUAUGCAUUGUUAAAUGCAGUAAAUUAAAUGAAUCACAAUAUUAUUCCUAUGAUCAAACCCACAAGCUUACACUAUUCAAUGAUUCAGCGUGAAUGCCCAUACCAUCAAAUACAUAAAAUGCUUCUAAAACAUUAUGCAACAAUGCAAUCAAUCCUUUACAAUCUCAAAGUUCUAAUAUGUUGGCAAAGUGGUAAAUGAUCUGCCAGUUACAGAGCACAGUAACUUAAUUUGGAGAAGGAUCACAUACUACUGGAUCUGAAGCUGAAUCAGUGCAAUGUAUAAGUGCAUUGAGGAGUUGCAAGUUUCCCUGUUGUACAGCAAUGCAAUGCAAAAUCUCUUUGUGCAUUUUACUCAGUAGCUUUGACUCUUCAAAACACCAGUUCAAUGUACAUGUUCUCUGUAUAAAACUCUAAAACAGGGGUGUCCACUCGUAUCCACAAAGGGCCAGUGUAGGUGCAGGUUUUCAGUCCAAUCAUGCAGGAGUCACACCUGAUUCUACCUGUUGAAUCAGUUGAGCUUAGCUUUCAGUAGACUCUGGUGUGGCUUCUGCUUGAUUGGACUAAAAACCUGCACCCACACAGGCACUUUCUGGAUAAGAUUGGACACCCCUGCUCUACACGGAGGAUACUGACAUAUCCAUCCACUCACAAGUCAACAAAACAAAAAACCAAUCACAUCAACACAUCACAAAAAGGCACAUCAACAGCAUGAUAAAUAACCUAUGUAGUGUUGCAUUCUGAAAUGUUGUAAUGUUUCUUGGUCUGCUUCAUUAAAUAUGAAACCAUAGUGGUGGAAUACUGCAGUAUGUAUAAUGUAUCACACAAUCACACUGGCAUUCAGGCUGUGUAUUUAGACCAAAGUAUGUGGACACCUGACCCAAACUGUUGACACAAAUUUGGAAGCGCACAAUCUUAUAUUAUGUCUUUGUAUGCUGUAUCAUUACAAUUUUCAUUCUCUUGAACUAAGCGUGAGGUUCAUGAACACUUGGUUUACCAAGGUUGAAGUGGAAGAACUUGAGUGUCCUGCACAGAGCCCUUAUCUCAAACCUACUGAACACCUUUGGGAUGAACUGGAAUGCUGACUUCACCCAAGGUCUCCUUUAGCAUCAUCAGUGCCUCACCUCGCCAAUUCCCAUACGGCUAAAUUGGAAAAUCCAUACAGUCACGCUCCAAAAUCUACUGGAAAGCUUUCCUAGUAGAGUGGAAGUAUAAACGCAAAGGGGGACUAAAUCUGGAAUGGGAUGUUCAACCAGCACAUACUGUAUGGGUUUGACUGUCAGGUGUCCACAAACCUUUGACCAUACAUGGUAAGCUUUUAACAACAUCCUGUAUUAGUGUUAUUUUAGCAACACAGGACUUACAGUAUACGUUCCUAUUAGAGAUGCACAGAUGUAUUAGCCAAUACCAAUUAUAUACCAAUACCAAAAGGCUAUUUUCGCACUAUGGACCAUCGGCCGAUAGUUUAAAAACAUCCGAUGAUCAGGGCCGAUUAUAUCCUGUCAAUCAAAAGAGGGCGGGAAAACACAUCAUUUCGUGCUGUGUGUAAAGAAGAUGUCUCUUGUGUGGAAUGAUGACAAAACUGCAGUUUGUAAGCUCUGUAAUAUUUGUAGUGUAUUUCAAGUAUAUUUGUAGUGUAUUUCAUAUCCAGUUAAUGUUAAUAUAUAAAAAAGUUGAUAUUAUAUAUUACCAGUUUGAUGUUCAGUGAUAUAGUAGAAAUGCUUUUGCUUGUGGUGAGUGAAUGUGAGACUAACAGGAGGUUUUUUAGAAUUCAGUCAAUGUUAAUAUGAAUUAAUAAUAUUCAAUAAGUUAAGAAAUCUUACUUUAAUCUUCAGAAUUUAGUUCAUGUGUUAACGUUAAUUUGAGUAAUGUGUUUUCUGUUUGAGAGACCAGCUACUGUGAAACAACUUGUUGAAAUGGAGAGAAUAAAGUUUUUAUUUGUA